AUGACAUCUCCGUUUACAAUCAAGUGCAGAGGCAUCGUAGCCUACUCGGAACAUGAGUGGGUGUGGGAGGAGCUCCUCACCCGAGAGCCACACGAGGAUGAGUUUCUUGUGGAAAUGAUUGCGACAGGAGUCUGCCAUACAGACAUUUCGGGCUACGGUGGAAUCUAUCCGCGUGUCCUCGGGCAUGAGGGAGCUGGCCGCAUUCUUCAACUCGGGAGUGGCGCGCAGCGCGAGCAGUAUGUCGAGGGCGAUCUUGUCAUUCUCUCCGCCGCCGCUUGCCUCGACUGCCACUACUGCAAGACGGGCCACCCCGCGUUCUGCAUCAACCAUGCCGCCGUGACGCUCACGGCCAACGAGCCCAACUUUGUUCUCGCCCGCGAUCCGUCCCAGGUCAUUGGCGGCGGCUACUUCGGGCAGUCGAGCUUCGUCAGCCACGCCCCGGUCAAGGUCUCGUGCGCGGCCAAGGUAACCAAGCUCAUCAGGGAUGCCGAGGAGCUGAAAAUGUACGCACCGCUGGGCUGCGGCAUCAUGACCGGCGCUGGCUCCAUCACCCAUGUUGGACUCUGCAAGCCCGAUGAUGUUCUUGCCGUUGUUGGUCUCGGGGGUGUGGGCCAAGCGGCCGUUUGUGCCGCCAAGAAGCUAGGUGUCAAGACCAUCGUUGCCGUCGAUCUGCUCGAUUCACGAAUCGAAUUGGCGAAAACCCUUGGGGCCACGCACAGCCUCAACUCGUCCCCAGAAGUGCUCCGUGGUACAGGGGUGGACAUGGCCACGGCACUGCGCAGCGUGACGCCCGGCACUCUCGGCUGCACGCAUGUUCUCGAUACCUCACCUUCGGUCCAUGUUCUGGACCAGUGUCUGCAGGCGUUGCGGAAGAACGGCACGGUGCUCCAGGUGGGGUUGAAGCCCGUGGGGGCUACGCUGGAGCUCGAUGUCUUAGCCCACAUGGUCAACGGCCGUCGUCUGGUGGGUGUGCUCGAGGGAGACAGAGAUCCGGCCGAGGCGCUUCCGGAACUAGUCUCCUGGGUCAAGGACGGGACGCUGCCGAUGGAGAAGCUCUUGACGCACUUCCCGGCGAGGGAGUUUGUGGCGGCGCGGGCAAAGAUGGAGGGCGGAGAGGUUAUAAAAAGCGUUCUGGUAUGGGAUUAG